CUUGUUGUAACUCGCUGAAUACCUAGCGACUACUCGCUGUCAGGCAUGAACAGAAUCUCACGAUGUCUCUCUUUCGCGCUGAACCUCUUCCUUCUUGCAGACUUUCUCUCCUACAACGGACUCUCCGGGAUAGAUGUCCACACGUUCAUCUCGAGGAAGACGAUCUGAGGCUAUCCAUAUCAGUCAUCUUCGCUUUUAUCUUUGUUUCAACGCCUCAGCCCACGACUGUUUUCGAACGGUCUCGUCUCAGUCGCUCAUCUUCCCAAGCCUAGGACCUUACUUGGUACUCCGUGAGAUCAAAUAUCUUGGUUCUACCUACAUCAUGGCGUCUCUCACCGCCGGAGGCAGUCAAGAUGUAGUUAUGGCUCAAACCGAAGACAUCGAGCUGUCAGCUGGAGCCUUUGCUCCCCCAAGCCCAGCCAAGAACGACGAGGCGGCAAUGGCGUCUUCCGAGUCUGAGGACAAGGAUGACAACGAGGGCAUCAAAGUUGUGGUCCCAAUCGAGCACGUGGUGAUCAUGCGUCUCGGUGCCAAAGAAGUUGACAAGUACGAAGAGCUCAAACACGACGCCUGCUUUGUAAACAACAGCGACAACGAAGGCCUCCGUGAAGGCCCAUCCAUCUGGGAAAAAGAGGGAAGCACCACCACGAAGCAGCUCACCGCCACCUACGCGGUCCCUUUCAAGGCGGUGACCAAGAAGAGGAGCCCCGUUGGUGAUGACGGAUCCCGUCUUUCCCCCGGUGGUCGUCCCAUUCUCCUAGUCAAGUCCACCAUCCCCACCUGCGGCGGCGAGCGUCGCCCUCGCUUCGUCAUACGAGUCGUCCACGAAGGCCGCAAGAAAAGCAACGGUCAUGUGAUGGAUGGUCCUGCUCCGACCACCAAAGCCCGCGGGUAUGGUGUUGUCAGUCCGAACCCGAUCAACCGACAGAUCCUCAUGCAGAAGCACUUCCACUGGGAUUGCCACCAGCUGAGCCCCUUCCUUUCGCUGCCCAACUCUCAUGCGUUCAUCAACCCGAAAAUCUUGGUCAUUGACAGUACCCACCCGUCUUUGGACCACGACAAGUCCAAACUCUUUGCCUCCCACGUGGUCAUCGCGCGCUUCCGUCUGAGGUGGAAAGAAUGGCACAGAAACGAGUACUUCGUCGAGAACUCCAUCCCGGGAGGAGGCAAUCGUCCGCACCAUGUCUUUGAAGGAGGCGCAGACGGACUUGCCCGAUUUGUUUGCAACAGCGAUUAA